AUGGCUUCUGAGGAUGAGGCAGCGUACAUGCCGAAAGACGCCGUCGGUCUUGCAAUUGAAGCAACAUUGAUCACUGGGGCAGCUGGACUUGCAGUCGCUGCGAUUCAAAAUACUCUUACAAAGCAAAAUGUAUCAGGCUGGGGAGUUCUUACGCGGGGUGGGGGAAUAAUUGCAAUCUUUGCUGCAUCGGGAGGAACCUAUGGAUUCGCAAAAGCCGCGGCUGCGAACCUUCGGGAGAAAGAUGACAGCUGGAACCCUGCUAUUGGUGGCUUUCUGUCAGUCCGAACAUUUCCCGCUGUCUUGGGUUUCGGUGCUAGUCUGGCAAUCGUGCAAGGUGCUUUUGACUAUACUGGUGGAAAGUUUUCAGGCUACGACAAGGAUCCAAACGUCGACGAGUAUGAGCGAAAGGAGGCAUUAAAGAAGAACAGGAGGAGACCCAUACAAGAAACGCUAGAAGAAUUGGGCGAGGGCAGAGGUGAGGCACCUGCGUAUAUGGUCCCGGCUACCGAGAAAGACGAGCCGAGAGAAUUAAGCAGAAUUACGGUUUAG